AUGACGACGCCCAAGAAAUCAUCAAAUUGUGGAAAGAGGGAUUUGAGCAAGAUGACGGAUCUGGGGAAGUGGUAUAAGAAGGUUCGUGGAGUCUUAAAAACGGGGAAAAUCAAAAUAAUGAUAAUACACUAUUCCCUGUUAUCAGUAAUUUUUCGCCGUACACUUUCGCUGGAAACACUUUAUGCUCUUCCUUUUUUGCCUGUGGAGCGAAUAAAGAAUCGGCUAUUCCACGGCGAGCGUGUCCAGUCGACAUUCGUACCCUCUGCGCAACAACAGCAACAACUACAAAAUUCGGCUACACAGAGCACAAGUUCAGCUGGCUCAACAACGGAUCCACAAAUGCCACAUCAGCCGGUGCUGAUCAAUCCACCGUAUCCCGUUCAUCCGGGUUUCGGAACGGGAUUUCCACAGUAUCAAUAUCCACAGCAGCAACAUCAUCAGCCAGUUUAUCCUCCCUCCUAUGGCUGGGCUCUAAAUUCAGCUGCGGCCGCAGCAGCAGCAGCCCCUCCUCCUCCUCCUCCUCCUCCCCAACACACCGACAGCUCAUCAUCAUUCAGUCUUCUUUCGUUGGAUGUAGGCGUCGGAAAUGAGACAGCCGGCUCCGGAUACGACCAUUUGAUUGAUCAUCAUCAUGACGACGGGCAGGAACCCAGCUAUUUGAGGCCUGAUGCACAUGAAAUCAGCGAGUUGAGGAAAGCGCAAUCAGCGAAGCUAGAAAAAGUGAAGCAGCGAAUGGUCGACGAGGUGACAUCGCUGAAUUUUGUGAUUAACGAUGUGAAGGAGUUAGAGAAGUGGUACGAUGAUAAUUAUCCGUAUACACUGGUCAAGGACGACGCCAUCACUACGGAGGAAUUGGAGGAAAGAGUUCGAAAGAUGGAGGAAAAGCUGAGAAAAUUAAGAGCCAAAAGUCCGGGUGGAAGGCCGAUUAGACCGCCAAAACCUCGUUCCUACAGCCAGGAGAACAGUACAAGUCCAUGGACAUGCGAUCGGUGCCACGUGGAAAACCAACCAUUCUCCUAUCGCUGCAAAAAGUGUCACCUGCCCAGUCGUCGAUUCGACCCCUCGGAAAUCGAAUUUUGUGGCUGUGAACACUGUUCAACGGCCGCCACGAAUUCCACGUAG